UAAUCAACUUUAGUUUUUCUUUUUUGAUUUUCUUCUUUCUACAAUCCAGGAAUAGGGAAUGAGCUGGUUUCAAUAAGGACUGUUUCCUCUGUGGUUGUGUUAAGAAGUCUGGUAGUGGCAUGGCCUGUUCAUUCUGUGGCAACGACGGUGCAUACAGUGUGAAAGACGGCGUGCUGAACAAUGGCUGCUUUGUCGAUGCUCUCAACCUGGUACCCCAUGUCUUCCUGCUCUUCAUCACCUUCCCCAUCCUCUUCAUCGGUUGGGGCAGUCAGAGUUCUAAAGUCCAGAUCCAUCAUAACACAUGGCUUCAUUUUCCGGGCCACAACCUCAGGUGGAUCCUCACCUUCACGCUGCUCUUUGUCCACGUCUGCGAGUUUGCCGAAGGCAUUGUCUCCAACACGAUGAUGACGACAACCCACUUCCAUCUCUUCACUCCAGCCUUCAUGGGGUUUAUUGCAGCUACAACAUCUGUGGUUUACUACCACAACAUAGAGACAUCAAACUUCCCCAAACUACUGCUGGUCCUGUUCAUCUACUGGGUGUUGGCUUUCGUCACAAAGUCCAUUAAAUUGUGGAAGUUUGCCGAGUUCAAUGUUGGACCACAGUACCUCAGGUUCUGCAUCACAGCAGUGUUGGUGAUCCUCUAUGGACUACUGAUGGCCGUGGAGGUCAAUGUCAUCAGAGUCCGAAAAUAUGUAUUCUUUGCCAGCCCUCAGAAAGUGAAGCCGCCGGAGGAUUUACAAGAUUUGGGGGUCCGGUUUUUGCAACCGUUUGUCAACCUGCUGUCCAAGGCCACUUAUUGGUGGAUGAAUCCUCUCAUUAUGGGAGCCCAUAAGAGGCCCAUCGAGCUGAAGAAGAUCGGCAAGCUGCCCAUCGCCAUGAGAGCGCUCACCAACUACCUGCGGCUAAAAGAUGCCUAUGAGGACCAGAGGACACCUGAGGACCCUGAUCGUGCCCCAUCAAUCUGGCGUUCCAUGUACCGAGCGUUUGGUCGUCCCAUCCUGCUCAGCAGCACUUUUCGCUACCUGGCUGAUCUGUUGGGUUUUGCUGGGCCGCUGUGCAUCUCAGGCAUCAUAAAAUACCUGAACACUGACAAUAAUGUUGUCAAACCAGUUAAGGACAAGGAAAACUUCAUGUACUUCAUGUCAUCUGCUGAGCUGCUGCAGAACGUUUCGGUACUGGCUGUUCUUCUCUUCCUGGCUUUAAUCCUACAGAGGACCUUCCUGCAGGCCUCAUACUAUGUUACCAUAGAAACAGGCAUCAACCUCCGAGGGGCUCUUCUGGCAAUGAUUUACAACAAAAUCCUUCGCUUGUCGACCUCCAAUAUGUCGAUGGGUGAGAUGACCCUGGGACAGAUCAACAACCUGGUUGCUAUGGAGACCAACCAGCUAAUGUGGUUCCUCUUUCUUUGCCCGAACCUGUGGGCCAUGCCUGUUCAGAUUGUGAUGGGUGUGAUCUUGCUGUACUAUCUGUUGGGUUGGAGUGCUUUGGUCGGAGCUUCUGUCAUAGUUCUUCUGGCUCCUGUUCAGUACCAUAUUGCGACUAAAUUGGCUGACACUCAGAAAAGCACAUUAGAAUAUUCCACAGACCGCCUGAAGAAAACCACGGAAAUCUUAAAGGGUAUAAAGUUGCUGAAGCUGUAUGCCUGGGAGAACAUCUUCUGUGACAGUGUGGAGGAGACCAGAGGCAAAGAACUCACCAGCCUCAGGACCUUUGCUUUCUACACUUCAAUGUCCAUUUUUAUGAAUGCUGCUAUUCCGAUUGCUGCAGUACUUGCGACAUUCGUGACACAUCACUUCCUCAGUAAGAGUGGUCCAAGUCCCUCUGAGGCCUUUGCAGCGCUGGCGCUUUUCCAUAUCCUGGUCACGCCUCUCUUCCUACUCUCCACCGUCGUCAGAUUUGCAGUCAAAGCUCUUGUCAGUGUUCAGAAGCUGGGUGAGUUUCUCCAGAGUGACGAAAUUGGAGACGAUAGCUGGAGAAAUGGAGACAUUUCUGUUUCCUAUGAGGUUGGGAAGAAGCAUCUUGGCAUGACCAAAGCCAUCAACAGGAAGCAGCCCAUGCGCUACCAGAUGGACCACUAUGAGCAGCCAAGCCGGCGACACAUGAGACCCAUGGAGACGGAGGAUGUGGCUGUAAAGGUGAGCAGUGGAUUCUUCACCUGGGGAAGCAACUUGUCAACGCUGUCCGACAUCAACAUCCACAUUCCUACAGGUCAGCUGACAAUGAUUGUGGGCCAGGUGGGUUGUGGGAAAUCCUCUUUGCUGCUGGCCAUGCUGGGCGAGAUGCAAACUACCAAUGGAAAAGUCUACUGGAGCAACAAAAACAGAUACUCUGUUGCCUAUGCUGCCCAGAAGUCUUGGCUGCUCAAUGCAACGGUAGAGGACAACAUUACUUUUGGCAGCCCUUUCAACAAACAGAGGUACAAAGCAGUGAUUGAUGCCUGCUCUCUGCAGCCAGAUAUCGACCUGCUGCCUUUUGGAGACCAAACUGAGAUCGGAGAGAGGGGCAUCAACCUGAGUGGAGGUCAACGCCAGAGAAUUUGCGUGGCUCGAGCUCUCUACCAGAACACCAACAUUGUCUUUUUGGACGAUCCAUUCUCGGCACUGGACAUCCACCUCAGCGAUCAUCUAAUGCAGGAAGGAAUCCUCAAGUUCCUGCAGGAUGACAAGCGGACUAUUGUGCUCGUCACACAUAAACUGCAGUACCUGAUCCAUGCUGACUGGAUCAUUGCAAUGAAAGAUGGUUCCGUGCUGAGAGAAGGAACUCUGAAGGACAUACAGACCCAUGAUAUUGAACUUUAUGAUCACUGGAAAACCUUGAUGAACAGACAGGAUCAGGAACUUGAAAAGGAUAUACAGCAGGACAGUCAAACAACUCUUGAGAGGAAGACGCUGAGGAGAGCCUUCUACUCCAGAGAGGCCAAGAACCAGAUGGACGAUGAGGAUGAAGAAGAAGAAGAGGAGGAGGAAGAUGAUGACGGCUUGUCCACCACCACUAAUAGACGAUCAAAGAUCCCAUGGAAGGUGUGCUGGUGUUACCUAUCUUCUGGUGGCUUCUUCAUGGUCUUCCUCAUGGUGUCAUCCAAACUCCUCAAACAUUGUGUAAUCGUUGCCAUUGACUACUGGUUGGCUGUGUGGACCUCGCCUAAAAAUAAGACAGCAGCGCCAUGGGUGGAGGCUUCUAAUGGAACUGGUUUGUCUGACAGUAAAAGCGUCAGCGCAACAUCGCCACCCCUUUGUACUCAGGGGGCUGAGCAGGACUCUUACUAUCUGCUGGUGUUCAUCAUCCUGUGUGCGGCAGGAAUUAGUUUAUGUCUCAUCACUUCUCUUUCUGUGGAGUUUCUGGGGCUUUCUUCAGCCACAAACCUGCACCACAACCUGCUCAACAAGAUCAUCCAUGCUCCCAUCAGGUUCUUUGAUAUCACUCCUCUGGGGCAGAUUCUUAACAGAUUUUCAGCUGACACCAACAUCAUUGAUCAGCAUAUUCCUUCCACACUGGAGUCUUUGACUCGAUCCACGAUGCUCUGUUUGUCCGCAAUCGGUGUCAUAUCUGCCAUCACACCAGUGUUCCUUAUCACCUUGGUUCCUUUAGCAGUGGCCUUCUACUUCAUCCAGAAGUACUUUCGGGUGGCUUCCAAGGACCUUCAAGACCUCGAUGACUCCACACAGCUUCCUCUACUCUGCCACUUUUCAGAGACUGCUGAAGGCCUGACUACAAUCAGAGCUUUCAGACACGAGGCUCGUUUUAAACAGCGGAUGCUGGAGUUGACGGACACAAAUAAUACAGCCUACCUGUUCCUUUCUGCUGCCAACCGCUGGCUGGAGGUCCGAACGGACUACCUUGGGGCCGUGAUAGUUCUGACAGCAGCGGGAGCCUCUAUAUGGAGUUUCUAUCAUGGUUAUUUGACUUGUAGCGGUCUGGUCGGCCUCGGACUCACUUACGCCCUCACUGUCACCAACUACCUAAACUGGGUGGUGAGGAACCUGGCAGACCUGGAAGUCCAGAUGGGAGCAGUGAAGAAGAUAAACAGCUUUCUCAGCACAGAAUCAGAGAACUACGAGGGAUCUAUAGAUGCCUCUCAGGUGCCAGAGAACUGGCCCCAGGAUGGAGAGAUCAAGAUCCAAGAUCUGUGUGCGUACGAUCCUAUCCUCAAAACGGUACUCAAACAUGUCACUGCCUACAUCACACCAGGCCAGAAGGUGGGCAUCUGUGGUCGCACAGGCAGUGGGAAAUCAUCUCUGUCAUUGGCCUUUUUCAAUAUGGUGGACAUUUUUGAAGGGAAGAUCAUCAUUGAUGGGAUUGACAUCUGUAAACUCCCCCUCCAGACACUCAGAUCUCGACUGUCUAUCAUCCUUCAGGAUCCCGUGUUAUUUAGUGGCUCCAUCAGGCUUAAUUUGGAUCCAGAGAGGACGUGCACUGAUGAUCGACUCUGGGAAGCGCUAGAGAUAGCUCAGCUGAAGAAUAUGGUGAAGGCUCUGCCUGGAGGACUUGAUGCAGUCGUGUCAGAAGGUGGCGAGAACUUCAGUGUGGGCCAAAGACAGCUUUUCUGCUUGGCCAGAGCAUUUGUCAGAAAAAGCAGCAUCCUCAUCAUGGAUGAAGCCACAGCAUCUAUAGACAUGGCCACGGAGAAUAUUUUGCAAAAAGUUGUGAUGACUGCAUUUGCCAACAGAACAGUCGUCACUAUCGCACACCGUGUCCACACCAUCCUAACAGCCGAUCUGGUCAUUGUGAUGAAACGAGGGAACAUUUUGGAGUAUGACAAACCUGAGACUCUUUUGGAGCAGGAGGAUGGCAUGUUUGCAUCAUUUGUCAAAGCUGACAUGUAGGAGCUCUGUCUUUCUUCAACCAAUACGCCCAAUGA